GCAGCCUCGUGUCCACAGUAGGGAGACAUGUUGUGACUGAAAGGUGUCCUCCAGUUGCAGCAGCUAUGUUGCCCCUAAGCAGCACUUUGGUCCGGUCUGCUGUUAAGCUGCUGCCACCGCGGAACUGGCGUCCAGGAUGUGUCUGGUGCCCGUACAGAAACGUUUCUGUGAAACUAGGAGGUUUAAAGCCAAAGACUGUUCCACCUCGGUACCUGGGCCAGCCCAGCCCUUUCACCCAUCCACACCUCAUCAAACAUGGUGAGGUGACCCCAGGCCUGAGCCAAAGCGAAUACGAGCUACGCAGACACAGGCUGACCUCGCUGAUCGAGGCCCAUUCAGACAGGCUGGGACCCUCUGGCUCCUCCAGCACCCAUGUGGUCAUUGUGUUGUCCCAUCCAACCCGCUACAUGACCAAUGACAUCCCUUAUCCCUUCCACCAGAACCAGGAUUUCCUCUACCUCAGUGGCAUCCUCGAGCCCGACAGUGCACUCGUUCUUUAUGGGAAAGGUCGACCAGACCAGGCCAUCUUAUUCGUCCCCCGCAGAGACCCAGGGAGAGAGCUGUGGGACGGGCCCCGGUCAGGGAAGGAUGGGGCGGCGGCUUUGACCGGCAUCGAGAGAGUUCACUGCACAGAGGAACUGGGUGUUGUGCUCAAGAGCCUUAAAGGCACUGUGCUGUGGUACGACAGCUCCCAUCCCACCCACCCUCAGCUCCACCAGGCCCACGUGGCUCCCGUGCUGGAGGCGGGACCGGCGCCGCACUCUCUUAGGCCCCUCACACACUCUCUCAGGGCCGUCAAGAGCUCAGCUGAGGUGGCGCUCAUGCAAGAAGCAGGUCACAUCACAGCUCAGGCUUUUCGAAGGACGAUGGGUCUGUCUCAAGGAGACGUGGAUGAGGCUGUGCUCUUUGCUAAGUUUGAUUUUGAGAAUCGUCUCCAUGGCGCCAACUUCCUGGCCUACCCCCCUGUUGUUGCUGGUGGGAAUCGAGCCAAUACUCUGCACUAUAUAAACAACAACCAGAUUAUCAAGGAUGGGGAAAUGGUGCUGCUUGAUGGUGGUUGUGAAUACUUUGGUUACGUCAGUGAUGUGACUCGAACGUGGCCAGUGAAUGGAAAAUUCAGCCCGGCCCAGGUGGAGCUGUACGAGGCCGUCCUGGAGGUCCAGCGCUCCUGUUUGUCUCUAUGCUCCCCAGGCGUCAGUCUGGAUCACAUCUACAGUACCAUGCUGGCUCUGUUGGGGCGACAGCUACGGCAGCUAGGCAUUGUGAAGGCCGGGACCAGUGAUGCAGAUGUACUAAAGGCUGCACGGCGGUACUGCCCCCACCAUGUCGGUCAUUACCUGGGUAUGGAUGUCCACGACACUCCAGAGCUGUCACGCUCACUGCCUCUACAGCCAGGAAUGGCCAUCACUGUAGAACCAGGGUUGUACAUCUGUGAGAACAAUGAUCAGGUGCCAGAGCGCUUCCGUGGCCUGGGCGUCAGGAUUGAGGACGAUGUGGUGAUUCGGGACAAGGGAAACCCUCUGAUUCUGUCCCGCGACACACCAAAGACCAUCGCCGACGUAGAGAAGGCCUGCGCCCAAAGAUCGGGAAGGGAGACGGACAAGUGAGCUGCCGCCUCGAUGGCAGGCUGAGUGCUGUGUUAUUCCAACUGUUUCAGGGUGAUGAGGUCAUCAGGCUCAGGGCCCAGGGGCAUGAAAGGUGGGAGAACAUUGCAGGACAAGAAUUUAGUUUGUGAUCUAACUAAAUGUUCAAAGAAACCACUUACAUGUUUGCGACAGUGAAUAAUGGUGAAAGGCUUGACAAUAAAAAAUGGAUUUGGUUGUUUGUUGAGGGGUACGGCGUAGCUUUUGGAGCUAACGCGCCUAUUCUCCCCAGUAACUGACGUAGUCCUCCACAACAAUGUCCUUUACUACACAUUCACGUGCAGACUGCUGAGAUGGUGCAGAUGAAGUAUAACGUUGAACCAGAAUCAAGUAUAUAUCUAGCUGAACGGUUAGAAGCAACAAACAUUGUAACCUAUUUGCUCCACAACAGUUUUUUUUUUUAGAAUUGCCCCAAUCGUGGCCCAACAGGAUAUAAUUACGUACAAACAUUUCUUUAUAUCUCAAAUGUUGAACCUUCACUCACUAAGCUGCAGUAAGGACCAGAACAUGUCAAAUGAAUACAACGUGAUGAAACACACAAGUGAUAAAUAAAUAUCAAACCUGUCCUAAAGGUGCAUGGAAAUGACCCUUUUAACAUCAGUGCACAGACUGCCUGUCUCUGAAGCAACAGUUCUUGUUUCCCUCCUUUAUUGUCUGCUAAAGCUAUGUUAAAAUUAUCCUUUUUUAAUGUUAGAGUUGAAUACAAUGGCUCUGGUGUUUUAGAUGCUUGAGGCAGUUUCCUGCUUUGGCUUCUUUGUAAAGACCAGCCAUGGCUCUCACCAACACCCAAAAGACAACUGUGUGCAACCCUUUCCAGCAAACAAAGACUGAACUGCAUCCUUCACGAAAUGAACGUGCGCUUAGCGUAAACAAGUGACUGGUCAGACAAGUUUUGCAUCUAGCAUUAAAGAGCUGUAUUAUGUUGAA